ACUGCGCUUUUAUGCGAGUGCUCUGUUUUCUCCACAGCGCACGAGAGGCGCGUUACCGGGAGCCGCGGCGUGAAAAAGUCACGUAUGAAAAAAGUCGCGCGAUGCGAGUGUCCCGGGGAAAAGCAGCCCCUUGCACGCGUGUGUGAAGAGGAAACGCAGAUGUAGCGCAUGGAUUGUUUGGGUCUCAGGUGCGCGACGCUGCUGCUGGCGGUGACGCUCACGCCGCUGGUCACAGCACUUAAGUGUGUGUGUCAGCUGUGCGCUAAUCACACCUGCGAGACGGAAGCCGAGGGUGCGUGCUGGAACUCGGUGAUGCUCAUCAAUGGGAAGGAAGAGGUCGUAAAGUCCUGCCUGUCCCCCAGUGAGCUGAAGGGACAGGUGUUCUGCUACAGCUCCAAAGAUGUGUCAAAACGCAACUGCUGCUUCACUGAUUUCUGCAACAACGAAACACUUCACUUACGUAUCACAGAAACAUCCUCUGAGGACUCUGACUGGGGACGACUCGAGUUGUCAGCUGUGAUCCUGGUGCCGUCUUGCCUGCUGUGUGUCGGUGUGUUUCUGUGUAUGUGUGCGGUCCGGAACCAGCGGUGCCUGCACGUUACGGGCCGAAACCAGGAUCCAGAGGAGCCACUGGAUGACCAGAGUCUUGUGUCAUCAGAGAAAUGCCUUAAAGAACUGAUUUAUGACAUGAGCACAUCAGGCUCGGGAUCAGGGCUACCACUGCUGGUACAGAGGACAAUCGCACGGACCAUUGUGCUACAAGAGAGCAUUGGUAAGGGUCGCUUCGGAGAAGUUUGGAGGGGCAAGUGGCGAGGAGAAGAUGUUGCCGUGAAGAUCUUCUCUUCUCGAGACGAACGCUCUUGGUUCCGCGAGGCUGAGAUCUACCAGACCAUCAUGCUGCGGCACGAGAACAUCCUGGGCUUCAUCGCAGCUGAUAACAAAGAUAACGGUUCAUGGACUCAGCUGUGGCUGGUGUCGGAGUUUCAUGAACACGGCUCACUGUUUGAUUACCUAAACAGAUACACGGUGUCCGUGGACGGCAUGAUCGUCCUCGCACUGUCCAUCGCCAGCGGCCUGGCUCACCUUCACAUGGAGAUCAUUGGCACUCAGGGAAAACCAGCCAUUGCUCACAGAGAUAUAAAAUCGAAGAACAUCUUGGUGAAAAAGAACAGCACUGCAGUUAUCGCUGACUUGGGACUGGCUGUCAAACACGACUCCAGCACCAACACUGUCGACAUCCCGGCUAACCACAGAGUGGGCACCAGGAGGUACAUGGCCCCUGAGAUUCUGGAUGACACCAUUAACAUGAGCAGCUUUGAGUCGUUCAAGCGUGCAGAUAUCUACUCUCUGGGUCUGGUGUUCUGGGAGCUGGCUAGAAGAUGUUCAGUCAGAGGGAUACACGAGGACUACCAGCUGCCUUAUUAUGAUCUGGUGCCUUCAGAUCCGUCGGUGGAGGACAUGAGGAGGGUCGUGUGUGAGCAGAAACUGCGGCCUAACAUCCCAAACCAAUGGCAGAGCUGUGAGGCCCUGCGAGUGAUGGGUAAGAUCAUGAGAGAGUGCUGGUACACCAACUCGGCUGCACGUCUCACUGCUCUACGUGUGAAGAAAACCAUCUCUCAGGUGACGGUGCUCAAGGACGUUAAAGAGUAGCACACGCUCGGAGGUGCUGAGUUAACCGUCGAGUUACCCUCUACAUCACUAAUCAAGGGACGACAUUUCAAAACUGUGUUUUGUGAUGCCAAACACUCCAGAGUGUAGCAGCGCCGGCGCCUUCUCUCAGCCGAGUGACUGACAGUGAGACAGAUUGUGAUCCGCUCAAAGGAUUCUUGCUCCGAGCGAACCCGGUCUCAUUUAGAGAAUGCAGAGGUGUAGGGAGUAUGCAGAGAAACCGUGAACGUGUGUAAUGAGCAAGAAUUCAGUCACUCGCCGAAUGACUGAACACAGCCUAUGUCCCUUUCUAACUUCUUUCCUGCUCAUGUUGUUUCUUCUUUGCAGCCUCUUAUCUCCUUUUGUUUCUCCUUCAUGUUUCUCAAACGUCCUCGAUCACCAGUUCGUUAGCUUGACCGUUAAUAUGUGUUAACAAUGUAUACUGAGGUGCCAGGUCACUAUGCACACUGUGUAUUAUUUACUGACCAUCUUAUCAGGUUAAACGACAAUAUAGAUCACUAUUGCUGGUCUAAAAAGGACUAAAUGUAGCUCAUGUGAAAGUCUACUUAAUUCCACAUCUGGUAUUGAAAGGGACCACCAAUAGAUACUUUGUACAGAUGUUAUUUGAACGCCGAAGCAUUUUCAGAACAGUUGAGUCAGUGAUGCGGUAGUGUGUGGGGUCCUGGUUUCAGUGUGUCAUAUGGUGCAGUAUCGCUGGGGUUUUUAUACUUCUCAGUGUGCCACUACUGGAAGUCCACCAACCAAAAAUAUCCAGCCAAAAGCCUUGCUGCAGUCAGAAACUGACAUUAAUGGCUAUUCAAUUAACACAACAUGUUGCAGGUGUACAAAGUUGUUUUCUCAGUAUUCUCUGUUACGUUACUGUUCCCAUGGCAACAAAAGAUCGUGUGCUCAUGUUUUGAAAUGAUUUGUUUUGGUCUUGUGUCCACUUCUUGUUGUUUAGAGUGCUCCUGAUUUAGCCCAUGAUUACUUUGUCUAUAAAUCCCCUGUUGACUCCUUUGUCUUGUUGUCUAGUUUUGCCACGCAUUAAGUUUAAACUGUAUAGCGAAGUUGUAGCGAACUUGUUAAGAUGUUGGACUAAUGGUUGCGAGUUCAAAUCUUACCACUGCCAAGCUGCCGCUAUCGGGUCCUUGAGUAAGGCCCUUAACUCUCAGUUGUAUAAAUAAGAUAAAUAUAUGUUGCUUUGGAUAAGAGCGUCUGCCAAAUGCUGUAAAUAUAUCCCCAGUGGCAUGUUUCAUAUUUUUACAUUUCCUGUUUUUUUUUUUGACUGUUGCUUUUUCUUCAGAUUACAAUUAUAGACUAUAACAGAUUACAUGUAAUUUGAUGCAUGCUGUGAUUAUCUCUUAAGGAAUCCCACACUAAAUUACAUGCAUGGGUCCUGCAUGAUAUAGGAAUGGCCACUUUAUAAUCACAGACAUCUAAUCGUAAAACGAUCCAAUUUCACACUUUGUCCCUGGACCACACACACUACCAUGUCUCUAUUUGUGCUGUUUUGAGAACGAUCCCCAACCCAUACAUGAUCCGCGGUGGUCAUGUGGUGGUCCGGUUCCGUUGAGGGACCGAGUAAAGGGGGCUGAUAGAUUGUAAGUAACAACAGUCGAGCUACUUUCUAUAUGAAUCUACAAUCUAUAUGAUGGGUGAGACAAUAAUAGUCAAUAGUCAAAUUAUAAUUGACUAUAAAAUAGUAAAUUCAUGUAGCUAAAAAGGAGUGUUCUCCUAAGAACGCGGCACUUUAUUAGGAACACUUGUACACCUGCAAAUUGUUAGUACUUCUCCAAUCAGCCUACCAAUGUUCUACAGCAUAAUGCUUGAACUAUUGCAGAUAGAGGAAAACAAAUCAUUUUAGUCACUUUGAUAUGCAUGCAUUUUGGGUAUUUCCCAAAAGUGGAUCUCUUGAGAUUUUCACACACAACAGUCUCUAGAUUUUAAACAGAACACAGCAGUUCAGCACAGUGAGUGGAAACUCCGUGUAGACGUGAGAGGAGAACAGCUGGAAAUGGGUCGAGCCUACAGGAAGGCCAAGUCAAGGCUAAGUCAAGUAAUCACUCAUUAAAACAGUAGUUUUACAACACAUUAGGUUCUUCUCAACUCAGCCCAGAACAGGAAUCUACAGAACUAGGACAGUAAAUGGGAGGCUACAGUACGCACGGGUUCACCCAAACUGGACAGGUGGAAAAACACCAGGCAUCAGGUGCAAAUAUUACAAUUAAAGCGAUUGUAGAUUAAGCAUUAAUAUAAUUAACCUAUUAAUUAAAUCUGCUUGCUGCAUUUGUUAAAAUAAGAUAAGAUAAGAUGAGAGAAGAUGAGAUGAGAUGAGAUAAACUUUAAUGAUCUCACUGUGGGGAAAUUGACUUAUCAUAGCAGCUCACAGACAGGUAUUAGUUUAAUAUAAGACAUUAUCGACUAAAGAAAAAAACAGUACUGUAAUUAUAUACUGCUUUAGAAACAAAAGCAUCAUAAAAUGCAGCAAAAAAGUGACACUUUAACUUUCUGCUAUUAUUGUUUUCAUUCGACUUUGCUGUACAAGUUGUACUACAUGUAUUAGUCAUAACACAAAUAUGACAGCUACCUCAUGCGCUUUCUCUAAAAUGCCAUAUGCUUUGAGUCUCACAAUUCAAGUGUGUUGUGCCAUAAAUGCUUUGGUUGGUGUUCUGCAUAAAUACUGUAUUCUUUA